ACCGUGACAGGCUGGAUGCUGCCUUUAUCCAGGUACACUUUGCAUCCUAACUAUUCUAAGGCAAGUUUCCUUGUGUCCGUGCUGCAGGUGGGGCUCUGGAGGUGCACCGGAGGUUGGAGGGGCCAGGAAGGAGCGCCUCACAGCACGCUGGUGCCAUCUGAUGAGGUAACUAUUAAUUACAGACAUGGUCUUCCUGUGAUAACUCUUAUGCUGCCCACAAGAAGUGAACGCUGUCAGUUCACUGUCAAGCCAGUAGUGACCACUGUAGGAGCAUUCCUGCAGGAUGUGCAAAGAGAAGAUAGAGGAAUUGAGAGAGCUGAAGUGUUUGCAACAGAUGGUAGCAAGGUCUCUGAUGCAACCUUAAUGGACGUCUUAUUGAUGAAUGACUUUAAGCUUGUUAUCAACAACACAGCAUACAGUGUGUCACCUCCUGUAAAAGAUAAGCUGAGUAGUGAGCAUGCUACUGAAAUGGAAGAUAUCAAAUCCUUGGUUCACAGACUAUUUGUGGCUCUACAUUUAGAAGAUCACCAGAUCAGGAAAGAGAGAGAAUUGCUACAGAAACUGGACCAUCUGAAAGGAGAGCUGCUGCCUCUUGAGCAGAUGAAAGCCAGAAUCAUGGACAGUGCAGAUGCAAAAACCUCCAGGCUUUUAUGGGUCGGCCUAGCCCUGAUGUCUACUCAGGGGGGAGCUCUGGCGUGGCUCACGUGGUGGGUCUACUCAUGGGACAUCAUGGAGCCAGUCACUUACUUCAUCACCUAUGGGAGUGCCAUGGCUUUCUACGCCUACUUCGUUCUUACCAAGCAGGACUACAUUUAUCCUCUUGCUAAGGACAGGCAGUUCCUCCACUACUUCUACCGCAAAUCCAAAAAGCAGCGUUUUAAUGUGGAACGAUACAACAAGCUCAAAGACGACCUAGCAGAGACAGAAGAAUCGCUAAGGCGUCUGCGCCAACCUCUGCACCUGAGACUUCCCAUCCAGGAAAUCAGCGACAAGGACUGACUUUGGUUUUGUGUAUAUUGGAGAUGCCCUUUCAAAGCUGAUAUGAACAUUUAGUUACUCCACAGCACCUGGGUAUUUUUGACCACUGAAGUUUUAAAAGUUGCAAUAAAUAGCUUUAAAAAU